CCUCUCGCGCAACAAAUAAUGAAAACCGGGCUCUCAGGCUCGAAUGAGAUACAUACAUAUACACUGAGGGAGGGCAGUAGGCAGUGCUGCAGCAGUCACUCCUUCCAGGCCGGCGAGCAACUCAGAAAGUUCUCAAAGCAACACCGCUGUCCGGAGAGGGAAGUCAAUCUUAACCUCAAACAAACACUGCUGCAUCGUCCACCCUGCAAUCGCCCGAGCCAAACGCCACGGAACGCUUCCAACUCUCCCUCGUUAAGAAUAUCCUCUUAGCGAACUGUCCAGUCGAUUCCCUCUCUCCAACGAAUAGCGAGCGACUCGCUUUACAACCUGCCAUAUCCCACCACCAACGCAUUGAGCAGAUUAUUCGAAAACACCGGUCGCAAACAUGGGCGAUCCGACAACGUCCUUCCUCACAUUUGAUAACGAUGUGAACGAUGUCCUGUCCCUUCGGCCUUUCAUGGAGGAAGUACCACCAUCAUCUUCAUCAACGGAUGUCACACCGUUAAAUCGGCGAAGGAAGAGAGACGCGGGAACUGACGAGAACGACAAUGCUAGGAAGAAAUUGGUCAAGAAGGAUGCCGCUUCAUCAUCAACGGCAGUUAGCCGGUCCUCGCCAUACUACGGGCUUUACUCAGGCACCGGUUUCGACAUGCUCCAAAUCCUCGCCCGCGUCGCAUCCCGCCCCAACCCCACCGUAAACCUUGGCCCAAUCGAUAUGAGCUCCAGCUUCAUCGUGACAUCAGCGACGGACCCGGACUUCCCGAUCAUAUAUGCCAGCCAGACGUUUGAGAAUCUGACGGGGUACAAGUCGGCGGAGAUUGUGGGGAAAAAUUGUCGGUUUUUGCAAUCUCCCGACGGGAUAGUGCAACGAGGCGCUCUCCGCCAGUUCGUCGACAACAACAUCGUGUACCAGUUGAAGACGAGUGUUGACAGCAGGAUGGAGUGCCAGUACAUCAACAUAAACUACAAGAAGGGUGGACAGCCAUUCGUCAAUCUGAUUACGAUAAUACCCAUAUGCAAUGCGGAAGGCAAUCCCACGUUCUUUGUCGGCUUCCAAGUCGACUUAAUGCAGCAAGCCGGUGCAAUAUUACGGACAUUGGAAGACAACAGCUAUGUCAUCGACCUCAACAACAUGCCGAACGUGGGGCAGGGCAACGCUGCAAACGGGCAGCAGUCCGUAUCCCAGUUCGUCGGACCCGCCCCGGUAGAAGACUGGCGACCCAGCACCACGAAAUCGAAAUCGAACGAACUGCCAAGUUUCCCCAGCGACGUCAGCGGUCUCGCCCUCAUCGACGACGACGACAUCCUCGACCAAUUCCUCGCCAUGGACGACAACGCCGCCACAAAAGAUAUCACCGACAACCUCACCACCACCUACGACCUCCCCUCCCAAUCCGACAUCCUCACCACCCUCCUCCACCGCCCCGACCCCAACCUCGAACAAACCCUCGCCGCCUCCGACCAGCAAUCCUUCGCCAAAUCCAUCACCCACUACGACCUUAUCCAAACCUCCCCCGACUUCAUCCACAUCCUCUCCUCGCGGGGUAUCAUCCUCUUCUCCUCCGCCGCCGCCACACUCUCAACCCUCGGCUACGACCCGGGCGACCUGUUGGGCCAGAAUAUAUCAGACUACUGCCACCCGGCGGAUUUCAUGGCCCUCAUGCGCGACUUGAAGGCGACGGGUGUGGACGACUUGGUGAGCGCGAGUUAUAGGUUUAGGAAGCGAGAGGGCGGGUACGUGUGUUUGGAGGUGACGGGGCAUAAGUAUGAGAUGAAUAAUAAGAAGCGGACGAGGUGUGUGGUUUUGUGUGGCAGAGAGAGGAGGUGGGGGGCGCUGACGCAGGGGGUCUUAAUGGACUCACUCACCACCGCAGACACCCCCACCACCACCACCAACACCAGCGCACCACCCUCACAAGACCUCUGGGCCAAAAUCACCAAAACAGGCCUCAUAAUCUACGUAACCCCAACCUCCUACCCCGUCUUCGGCACGCUCAUCGCCCCUUCCUCCCUCUACGGCCAAAACCUGCUCGAUCUCAUCUACGAGGGUGACCGGGCGCGUGUGGCCGCCAGGCUGUUCAACGAACGGAGAACGCCGUUUGUGAAUAACGGGAACGGAGGGAACGGGGGCGGUGGGGGGGUGGAUGUGAGGUGCUCGGUGGAGAGUGCGGGACGGUUUAUGCCCGGACGGGUGACGGCGUUUGAGGCGGUGGGAGGCGGGGAGUGGAUGUUUGUGCAGGUUGCUGUGGGGGGCAGGGCGGGGUCGGGGACGCAUGUGCCGCCUGCUAUGGUUCCGGCUGCGCUGAGUGCGUUCGAUUCCACGGCGUCGUCGUCGGUGUCAUCAUCAUCCACUACGUCACGUACGUCCUCCUCCUCCGGUGCGCCCGAAGCAAAGAACACCGACUCGAAAACAGCGACACCAGCUACACAUUACUACGACCCCAACUUGGACAUCUUCCACUGCGCGACCUCCUCCUCCCCCGGCGCCGCGGGGCUGCAGUGUGAGAUCAACCAGUUGAGGUUGGGGAAUAGAAGGUUGCGGGAUGAGUUGGAGCUGUUGCGGAAGAUGCCGCAGUUGAGUGAUUCGACGGGUGUGGUUGCGUAAAUCGCCCUCGUGGACUCCGUUGGAACCCCCCCC